AUGUUUAAGAAAAGGUCUGUCAAGACGGGAACGAAACGAAAAGUUGAAACAGACGCCUAUGACCAGGAAAAUCAGACGAUCAUAACACCGAUCAAAGAUGAUCUUAAGAAGAGAAAAAUUCCAAAACAGAAUGAGUUUAAACCUACACGAGAUGUUUGCCACGAUGAUAAACCUCAACCUGAGGAUACAUCAGUAAAUUACCAGGAUCCUGAGAAAAAAAAGGUUGUGGGUCCAAAGGCUGCGCCGAAAAAUAUUCGAGUUACAACACUCACAGACUUUCAGCCUGAUGUUUGUAAAGAUUUUCAACAAACGGGGUACUGUGGCUACGGUGAUACUUGCAAAUUUUUACAUAUAAGAGACGAAAUGAAGCAAAAGAAGCCUAUUGAGAAGGAGUGGCAAACUGUGGUAGAGGAUCCCAAAGUACUGCCGAAAUUAGAAGAUGUUCCCUUUAAAUGUCCAAUUUGCAAGAAUGAUUAUGAUAAUCCAGUAAGGACGACGUGCAACCAUAUUUUUUGUCAGAAGUGUUUCCUUCUGCGAUAUAAAGAGAAGAAAACCAAGUGUUAUAUUUGCAAAAAGGAUACUGGAGGUACCAUCCUGCCACUUCUGAAGCAAGAGCGUACAGCUUUAAUUGCAAAACAAGACAUAUAG